AUGGUGGGAGAAUGCUGGCUUGCUUUAGGCAAGGUGUUCAUGUGGACUGUGACAUUCCUCCAGCCUGGACUGCAAGAGCUGCGAGGUUCGGUGGUUCUGAAACAGGAGGUGCUGUCCCUGCCGCCCGCCAUGGAGGACCACUGGCGGUGGAUAUUUGGAGCUCAUUCUCCAGUCAUAGGAUUUUCCCCUUCUUCGAGCGAGGAAUUUGUUCCUGUUUUUCCACCUGUCUACGCGUCUACGGUUCCGCCCCACGCCGGGAAAAACUGGAUCGACAAAAGGCUCCCGAACUGCAAGAUCUACUUGAACAAUGCAUUUGCUCUGGAUUCAGCAAUACAGUGGAUACAUCCCGAGGAGUCGAGACUCUUCCAGGGAAAGGAGAAGCCUCUGUUAAUGAGCAAUCAAGUAGCCAUGGCUGUCGCCAGGCCAGCUGCUGCCUCCAGGCCUCUUCCCACAGUGGUGCUGGCACCUCAGCUGAUACCAGGUCAGGUGCGGCGUGGCCCGCAUCCCUUAGGAAGCUACUCAACCCUGGCGCUGGCCACCGCCGCCAUGGUCUCGGUGGAGCCUGAAGCCCCCCAGGGACCUCCCGCACCCAGCGUCCAGCCCUGCCGCCUGCUGACCUUCUCCCCCAUCAAAAUUCCGGUGCUGGCUUCGCCGUUGCCAGGUUCUGCCUCCAGGAUGGAUGCCCAUGCGGGUCCACUGAUGCCAACGCAGGUCGCCCGGGUCACUGCUGUGUCCGCACCGACGGUGACGUUCGUGGCUGCCACUCUGAUGGACCAGACGUUUCCAGAUAAUGGCAAAGAAUCGAGUAGAGCCUCCUGCCCGCCAGCCUUCAUUUUACAUACGGAGAGGAAGAGUACGGCCGUGGAGAGCGACGGCGAGAAGGAUCACUCUUUUAAACUCAUAAAUGAGGAUGACAGCACAUCGAACGGCAACAAGCCCGUGGCAUCCACUCCCGUGCCGGGAUCACCAUGGUGUGUAGUCUGGACGGGAGAUGACCGGGUCUUCUUCUUCAACCCUACAAUGCAGCUGUCGGUCUGGGAGAAGCCGGUGGACCUGAAGCACCGCGGCGACAUAAACCGGAUCAUCGAGGAUCCUCCGCACAAGCGCAAGCUGGAAGCUGCAGCAACAGAUAGAUGUGUUAGUUCUUGUCCAGGGGAUGAAAAUGAUGAUCUUAGCAUCAAAACUAAGAGAAAUAAAACAGAAGAUUGCCAAGCUGCUGACCAGGGGAAGGCUGACGUGGAGAACAAGAGCGAGGGAACCUCGGCACCUCAGAUCACGCCUUCCCUGGAGGAGCGCAUCACGCAUUUCCGAGACAUGCUUCUGGAGCGAGGGGUUUCAGCAUUUUCUACAUGGGAAAAAGAGUUACACAAAAUAGUCUUUGAUCCACGUUACCUUCUGCUCAAUUCAGAAGAGCGUAAACAGAUAUUUGAACAGUUUGUCAAGACCAGGAUCAGAGAAGAGUACAAAGAAAAGAAAAAUAAGUUGCUGUUAGCCAAAGAAGAAUUUAAAAAGCUCCUUGAAGAAUCCAAGUUAUCGCCAAGAACAACCUUUAAGGAAUUCGCAGAGAAGUACGGAAGAGACCAGCGCUUUCGCCUUGUUCAGAAGAAGAAGGACCAAGAGCAUUUCUUCAACCAGUUCAUACUUAUUCUUAAAAAGAGGGACAAAGAAAACAGGCUAAGGCUACGGAAAAUGAGAUAA